UGACCUCGCCUCUUCUCUCUUUCAUUCGAGCCUCAUGGUUCCCUUGUCAUUUAUUUUUGUUGUUUUGUUCUCUUUUAUCACAACUUCCAUCUCUAUCGUGGUCCGCACGGCGCACACAUCCGCGGCCGGUGUGAUAGCGGCUUUAAAGUGAGUGAAUACUGAUUAUAGUGAACGUCGGCUUUUCGUCUUUGUCGUUUUGAAUUUCAACAUUAUUCGCGACGAAUAUUAUUCUAAUUAGUAAUUUCUAAUAUUUACGAUAAUAUUAUUAUUGUUUAUAAAAACGUUUUUCAAAUUAUAUCCGUAACAUGCACCUCGUUACGUCUAUUUGCGCCCCGCUUGUUCGUUAAUAAUUAUUAUAAGACGGCAAUCGGUUAAACGUUUACCUACGUUUAUCCUUGAUUUGGCUGAACAUGUGGAUUUCCGAUUUAAACGCAUGCUUUUCGCCUGGCUCGUCCUUGUCGGUGUAAUAGGUACUACUCGGCUGUGAUGCAAUAACCACGUGAAACCAAACCAGGCGUUUUGUUUUCAUUUCAGAAUCUUUAUUUUUAAACGCCGGUGAUUUGAAAUUCAAACUUAGACCAUGAGCCCGAGUCAUAGCAAACAGUCAACAAUUCGUAAGAUAACAUCAGGCAUUAAAAAUAAAAAUGGGAAAAGGUCGUUUUUAAGAACAUCAGAGAAUGAUGUAACUGAUGAAUUUUACUAUAAAAGAAAAAAAUCCAUUAAACACUCUCAAGUAGAUAUAAAUAAUGCAGUCUUGACAGCACCAAAUAUUAUGACAAGAAAUAAACUAAAACAACAACUAACAAGUAUAGACAACAGUGAAUUAGUAGAAACAAGUGUCAUAGAAGAUAAAUGUUCCAGAAAUGACAAUAUAAGAAUUAAAUCAGGAAAAGCUAAUAAGAAAAGAAAACCUUCAAACAAAAUUAAUACAAAAAUUACAAAUAAGUUGCAACUUGGUUUUGUUUUUACAAAUGAUAUUUCUUCUCCAUAUUGUGGAAAACAACUAGAUACCAAUUAUAAAAAAGGCCCACCUUCAUUAUUUGAAUCAGACUCUGACCCAGAAAUUGAUUCUUUUCAAAUAAAGGAUAGUAUAAAAAACGAAGUGGAAGAAAUAUCGACUUGUAUUUCUUAUCCAGACGAUAUAUUAUGUCCUACAUUUGACAAAAAUGUUGGAAUGAAAACUUAUUUAAACAAAAAAUCAUAUCUUAUUAACAAUAAGUCUAAUAUACAAUCAUUAAAUACAUCUGAGAAAAUUAAUCAACAACCAUCGAGUUUAUAUAAUCACAUUAAAAUGGUCCAUGACUCUAAUCCGUCUAAUAGCAUAUCACAAAAUAACAGUAAAACCAGGAAAUCAUUGAAAUGUACAGAUCCUACAACAAGUGAAUGUGUGCAAACAAAUACUGAAGAUGAAGACACUAUUAUUGUUACUGAAUCAUUUAUAAGACAACUAAAAAACGAAGUUGAAAUAAUAAAAACAGAAUCACAAAGUAGCGAAAUCGGAACUCGAGAACUAUUUUAUGAUAAUAAUAUUAAUAAAUCCAAUGAUUCUGAUAUAGAGCAAUAUAAAGACAAUGAAGUGGUAUCCAAAAUACUGUCUUCAGAUUUUGAUGUGAACCAAAUUAAUAUGUGCACUAUUGAUACUAAUAUCACUAAUAUAAUAUGUGAUACAAACUUCAAAUCAUCAAUUUCAUCUAAUUUAUUAUUAAAUGAAGACAUGGACGUUAUUGAUGAAUCACACAAAUUUACACCAUCACUGUCACCAUCGCCACAAACCACAAAUACUGUUGAAAAUAGCUUAAUGAGUAUUUUUGAUGUACCGAAAGAGAACAUUGUUGAAAGUUAUGCUAAUAUCAAAGAUAUCGAUUCGGAUUCUAACAUUUCAACUACAAUUUCAGAGAACAUGAUAGAUCUAAGUAGCUUACAGACUUUUGAAUUUGAUAAUAGUAACUCAGAUCAAUCUAUAGAAAAUCGUCCCAAGUCUGAAAAUAAUAGCACUUGCCAUCUUUCCCCAGAUCAGAUUGAACCUGAUCAGUAUUUUCAUACAGUAAUUAAAGAUGAGAUAAAAAUAAUGAAAAAACCCGAAUCUUUUAUUAAUAAAGGAAAUUCUAAUUGUUCACUCAAAAAUGACAAUUUAAGUUCUUCUUAUGAUAGUUAUUCAAAAAAAUAUAACAAUCUUUAUUCUCAAUGCUAUUGUAAAAAUUUUACUAGUUUCAACAACGAUGAUAAUAAGAUAUUUACUUCUAAAAUCAAGCAUUUUGCAUUUAAUAAUAAUGCUAAAAAAGUUCGUCAAAAAAUAUUGCGUAAAAAACAUUUAGAAGCCAAUAUUUUAAAUAUGCUUAUUACCAAAGAUCACAAAAAUAUCAUUCAACCAAGAGAGCAUAAACCAAUCUUUAAUUCAAUUUUAAUUAAUAAAAAAUAUGAAAAAUGCAUUGAAUCAAAAGAGAAUGAUCACAUUGCACCAAGCGUUUUAAGUAUGCUUAAAGAUGUCUAUGUAGACGUAGACUACCUUACUGAAUACAGUGAUUAUAAUACAAGUGCUCAUAAAUUGCCAGAACCGCACACAAAUAAAAAAGAUAUCAAAUUUAAUAUUCAAGCUUCUAAUAUUAAACCAUUAGACAUAAUGCAUAAAUUUAAAAACAAUAAUGAUUCAACAUCAAAUAAUACAUCACAAAAUGAACCAAUUAAUCUUAAACCUUGUGAUGAAAAAUAUGACAAUUUUAAUAAAAACAAAAUAAUUGAUAAUGUCCCCAUAUCAAACACUACAACAACACAAAAACCACUUAACUUCAAACCUUGUGAUCAAAGUUAUGUUAAUUUUAGUAAAAACAAAAUAAUUGAUGAUUCUAAAAUAAAUAUUCCAAAAAAAAAAAAAACAGUCAACAUUAAACCUUGCGAUGGAAGUUAUAUUAAUUUUAAUAAAAACAAAAUAAUUGACAAUGUUUCCAUUUCAAACACUACAACAACACAAAAACCAGUCCACUUUAAACCGUGUGUUGGAAGUUAUGUUAAUUUUAAUAAAAACAAAAUAAGUGAUAAUUUUCUCAUGUCAAAUACUAAAACGACCCAAGACCCAAUCAACAUUAAACCUUGUGAUAGAAGCUCUGUUAACUUAAAUAAAAACAAAAUUAUUGAUAAUGUUUCUACGUCAAAUAGUAAACUAGUUAAUGUUGAACCUUGUGAUCAACGUCAUGUAAAUUCUAAUAAAAACUAUAUAUUAUUUGAUAAUGCUUCUACGUCAAAUAAUAAAAAAAGUAAUGAACCAAAUAAUCUUAAACCUUAUGAAGAAAGUGAUGCCAACUAUGAUAAUUUGAUAAUAAUUAACAAUGCUUCAACGUCAAAGAGUAUUACAAAAAAUAAACCAAUUAGUCCUAAAUCUUGUAAUCAAAAUUAUAUACAUUUUAAUAAAAACAAAAUAACUGUUAAUGCCUCUAUGGUAAAUAGUACAACAAAAAAUAAAUCAAUUAAUUCUGAAUCUCACGAGGAAAAUGUUUUCAACUUUAAUAAAAGCGUAAUAAUUGACUAUGUAUCUACAUCAAAUAAUAAAUCAAUUAACCUUGAACCUUGUGAUCAAAGUUAUGUCCAUAUUAGUAAAAACAAAAUACCUGAUAGUGCCUCUAUGUCAAAUAAUUUAACAGAAAAUAAACCAAUCAAUCUUGAACCUUGUGAGGAAAAUUGUGUCAACUUCAAUAAAAAUGAAAUAUUUGACAAUGUUUCUACGUCAAAUAGUAUAUCGGUUAAUCUGGAACAUUUCGAUCAAAGUAUUAUCAACUUUAAUAAUCAACCUAAAAAUGAAAUAAAUUAUCCAACAAUUAAUUCUAUUGAAAAAAAUGAUUUUGAUGGUGACAUUGUUUGUAAUUCUCAUGUAGUAAAUGCCGAAAUUGAUACUAAAAGUAAAAUCAAAGUUGAAGAUGAUUUUAACUACGAUACUACUACUUUAAAGUAUAAUUUUAAAUCUGAAAAAAGCCCAGGACUUGAAAUAAAACCAUUUGAAAUUUGUCAUUUAAGUGAUAGCACUGUAAUAAUAAAUAAAAACGAUGAUUCUGAAGAAGAGUUGGAAAUAGUAGAAAAAUGGAAUGAUAAUGAAUCAGAAAAUAAUUUGUCAUCAUCCAAAAUAAAUACCAACCAUGAGUUUACUCAAACAAAAGAAACACACAUUUUAAAAGAUGAUCAUAAACCAGCUCUUGCAAUAAUUGAAAAUGAAAAAAAAAUAAAUAUAUCAACAUUAUUAAUUGAACCACCUCAAUACAAAAACCUUUUUGAUUCAAGUGAUACCAUUAGCUCAAAAGCAUAUCAAAUUUGUCCAAUGUUGCCACAAAUAUCUGAAAACAAUGAGCCUGCUAAUAAUUUAUUUGACCUACCUGUUGAAGAUAUUGCUUUCUCAUUAAAUAACAAUAGCUCUGAUGAUGAUGAUGAUGAUGAUGAUAAUAGAUUACUGAUUGAAGAUAACGAACCAAAUUAUGAUAUCAAUAUUAAUGAAAAUUCAACAUGCAUUCUUAAAUUAGCUGACAGCUCAAAAGAUGAAAGAACAAUAAACUGUUUAUCUUCAGCUCCAAGCAUUAAAAAUUUUACAACAGAAAUUGAUUUUUGUUGAAAAAAGUUAAUAAAUCCAAAAAAGAAACAAUCUUCCGAAAUAAAUCUUAUCAAAAAUAAAAAAGGUAUGGUU